UUGCAGUACUUUAGCGUUCUAAAUGGGAGUGAGGUACUUUCACAGAGUUCACACGUUGUCAGUAUCACAGUGUAUGUGUGGGAUUUAAAGUGAUUUACAAAAUAUAGACGAGGAAAUAUGUCGGAGUUGACGAAGAAAACAGACGAGGAUGUAAUUGAGAAACCACUUCCCCCUAACUGGAUUUUACAGCAUCCAAUGUACCAACAUCUGAUGAACCUAGAUGUUGGAGACAGUGCUCAAGUCCACGCAGCUUUCUUGGUGUACCUGGAUCUAGCUGAAGUGCGUCAGUGGAAGGAGGUGAGUGGAGUGGGGUGCUCUGAGCUGCGACUGGUGUUGCUGGAGGGAAGGGAGAAGGAAGGAGAGCCCACUCAGACGGUGCUCCCACUACCUGUACACAGAGGCCUGAGCCACAGAAGUGUGCGGUCAGUGCUGGCCAGAGGCUCGCCCAUGCUCCUGUGUGUGGUAGCAUCUGACUCCAGCCUUGUCUACCAGAGGAUGUGUGAUGGCCUGCUGAUCCCUGACCCCCCCGUGGGCAUCCAGGACCAGGGCCGCCGGCAACACCGCAAAAGACGCCAGCAACAUUGACCCGCAGCAGAACCACAGUGACCGUUAGUAGACCGCUAUGGUCUGGUAAUGAACUCUGCAGUGACCAGGAGAGAAUCAGACUGAAUGGCAGGCUGUUGUGGUCUCGUAAUGAUGAACCAAAGUGCCAGUGGUUUCCUUAAAUUUGGCAGGGCGUGCCUCGCUUCAUUGCUCCAUUUCUGAACUGUUUUUGGGAACCUGGGCAUAGCGACUUUCUUAAGGUUCAACAGCUAGCCUACAUAAAGUAUGACAGACCCUGGGAGACUGCAUCAAGAGGCCAUAACUGCCUUUAAAAGGUGCCACAGUCUCUGUGGGCCAGAGGGUUUGUGCUAUAGCUUCUCGGACAAUUGACAGACAAUCAGACACUGGAUUGCAGUUGGAAAUAAAAUUGCCAGAGGAUACAUAAGUUGUAUUGAAUUAAAUCUCCAUACAGUACAUCCAUGAAGCAAUACAUGCUUAUGUAGCAGACUGCCGUAUCCACAAACACCACUUGAACUCGUUCAGCUGGUUAUAGUUACUGUAACACUGUUUUGUUUUGUGCCGACUCCAUACCCAUUUACUUUAAGUGCAGUUGUUAUUUUUAAACUGCAGAGGGCAUGACAACUACCAUUGGAUGCCUCAAUGAUAUAGCUAGACCGUCAUUUGACAUUUACAGAUAAAGACAACAGUAAACACAAUGAUGGGUGUGCCUGUGCAUUACGAGCUAUUAGUAACACCACAAGGACCAUAUGAGAAACCAUUGUUUGACAAAUUAUAUUACAGUGACCUGAAAACACAUUAUUUUACUAGAAAAACUAUUAAUUGAACAUGAAAAACGAACAAGCAAAAAUGAACAUGACAACCAAUGCAAAGAGCACUACAUAAUCUGACUAUGCUCCUUAUACAGUAUGCUGUCUUUAGAUUGAACACUGAUGUGGUCUUAUUAACAGGUAAGAACUGAUACUGACAGCAGAGUGCUGUGUGUGUGUGUACAAUUGGUGCCACAAAGCCUAAUGAAGAGGUAGGCUCGACUACAAAACAACAAUGACUAGAACACUUCAACCCUGAGCAUUGACAUUAAACAAGAAUACCCUACGUAGUAAAGUAAGAAGACAUGGGCCGACUAUGAAUCACAGUGCGUUCGGAAAGUAUUCAGACCCCUUCACUUUUUCCACAAUUUGUUGCAUUACAGCCUUAUUCUAAAAGGGAUUAAAUCGUUCCCCAAUCUUGGUUUCAUCAGACGAGAGAAUCUUGUUUCAUGGUCUGUGAGUCCUUUAGGGGCCUUUUGGUAAACUCCAAGCGGGCUGUCAUGUGCCUUUUACUGAGGAGUAGCUUCUGUCUGGGUACGCUACCAUAAAAGCCUGAUUGGUGGAGUGCUGCAGAGAUGAUUGUCCUUCUGGAAGGUUCUCCCAUCUCCACAGAGGAACUCUGGAGCUGUCAGUGACCAUCGGUUUAUUGGUUACCUCCUUGACCAAGGCCCUUCUCCCCAAAUUGAUCAGUUUUGCCGGGUGGCCAGCUCUAGGAAAAAUGUUGUUUCUAAACUUCUUCCAUUUAAGAGUGAUUGAGGCCACUGUGUUCUUGGGGACUUUCAAUGCUGCAGAAAUGUUUUGGAAUUUACCACAGGUGGACUCCAAUCACGUUGCAGAAAAAUCUCAAGGAUGAUAAAUGGAAACAGGAUGCACCUGAACUCAAUUUCGAGUCUCAUAGCAAAGGGUCUGAAUACUUAUGUAAAUAAGGUAUUUCUGCAUUUUAUUUUGAAUACAUUUGCAAAAAUAUUUAAAUCAGUUUUUCGCUUUGUCAUUAUGGAGUAUUGUGUAUAGAUUGAUGAGCAACAUGAAUCAAUUUUAGAAUAAGACUAACGUCAUAAAAUGUGGACAAAGUGAAGGGGUCCGAAUACUUUCCGAAUGCACUUUGAGCAUACUGUAGAAAAUAAAAUUCAAAAAGUAUCCUGGAAUGCAGGAAGUAAGUAACCCCGGUUUCCCCUCAAGGUGUGUGUUCAUUGGGGUGACACGCUCAGAACAUUGCAGAUAGAAAUACGCUACAUAGAGAAACACUGAUAAGAGAAUCAAUGAUACAAUACGAUGAUGGGAGAAUCCCCAGCUCUAUUACUUUAAGUUUCUAUCUGCAAUGCAGUGAAUGUUUCAGCCACCUGGAUUGCAUUCAUUAAGGCACACCAUAGCCAAAUGUUUUGCAACAGAAAACGUCAACUAGCGUUUCUUAUUGGUAGUUCUUCCCUGUUUGUCGGUUUUCUUCCAUUUGGUGCCUAAUGAAUACGACCCAGGAAUAAUUCCCAGAUUCAUUUUCCUCUGCCCUCCCAAUUACCUCCAUUGUUCAUCAUCCAAUCAGAUGAGGAAUGACAAAUGUUCCUUUUAAGUCAUUACGAAUAACCAUGAUGGACUAGUCUCAGUCAAUCCAUGGGUUCAAAAUGACUGGACCUCCGUUGUCUUUUAAUGGACCAGUCACAGAGCCGAGCGGCUGCUGUACUUAUUGUCCAUGGUUACCAUGGCGACAUACUUGGAGAGCCGCUCAGUAUAAUAGGACUAGUGCUGAAAGUAGUCCUGGCCGUGUCUUGUAACAUUGCUCCUUUGGGGGUAAAACAUUGUCGCAUUGGACUCGUAGAUCUGUUACGGGGAGCCAGGGUUGUAGGUAUUGACACAGGGCCGGGCAAAGGUGCUUGGUUUGGGUCAAUGUGUCUCCUCCAUCCUCGAAAUGGUCUAAAAGGAAGAGGGCCGUUGGGUAAGGGUUAUGUGGUACAGGCCUGUCCAUGCCAUUGGACAAAUCCUUCCUCUCAGGGGAGCAGAUGGUGGACCUCAGUGCUAUGUCAUAUCCUCUUCCUCUGAGCAGUAGUCCUGCCCCUGAAAAAGCAAAGCAGAAGAUAGAGUGGAAUGAAGUCCUCCCCAGACACUGAUCUAACCACCCCCACACAGACACUGUUUAGUCAUCUUGCCUACCCCUCUGAGGUCACUACUAAAAUCCCAGAUCUGUUUGGCCAUCUUGCCGACCCCUAUUAGGUCAUUGCUAAAAAUCAGUUUGGUCGUCUUGCCGACCCCUAUGAGGUCAUUGAACUCUCACCUUUUCUAUCUUCUCAUCCAGCAUCCUGAAGAACUCCUGCUGGCUCUCUGAAGAAUGAAUCCUGUGGAGAAAGGAACAAGACAGUUCCAAUUCAACACGGUUAGUUCAGGGAUAGAAAGGGAGAGGGAAAACCCUGCAUUGUGAGUGACCGAAUGACAACAAAAAUAGUUGGUUGAGCUCACUGUGUCUUCCCAUUGCCAUUUGAUCCUGUGUCGUCUGUUUGUUGGACCGUGGUGAGCAGGGCAGUAUUCUCCUGAAACACACACAGGGCUAUCACUGAUACUGCUCCUUAAAUAUUUGUUACUUUUAUUUAUUCAUUUUUUCUUUAAACUGCAUUAUUGGUUUAGGGCUUGUAAGUAAGGAUUUGACUAAGGUCAAAUACCUGUUGUAUUCGGAGCAUGUGAAAAAUGUGAUUUGAUUUUAAUAGAUGUGUUCUGGCCAAUAUAUUAAGUAUCCCCAUUUUGUAAUGGAACUCAUCUCCUUAGAACUUUAUAUUUUUUAGCAAUGACCUCAUAGGGGUCGGCAAGAUGACCAGCAUUUUUCUACAGCUGGCCAUGCUUUCCACUUGGCUAUCCUUACCCCGGCCAACAGCUCUGCACCCCCCACUUCUUCACCCAAAUCCAGAUAGCUGAUGUUCUGAAAGAGCUGCAAAAUCUGGACCCCUACAAAUCAGCUGGGCUAGACAAUCUGGACCCUCCAUUUCUUUCUAAAAUGAUCCACCGCAAUUGUUGAAAACCUUAUUACUAGCCUGUUAAACCUCUCUUUCGUAUCGUUUGAGAUCCCUAAAGAUUGGAAAGCUGCCGUGGUCAUCCCCCUCUUCAAAGGGGGAGACACUCUAGACCUAAACUGUUAGACCUAUAUCUAUCCUACGUUGCCUUUUAUAAAGUCUUCGAAAGCCAAGUUAACAAACAGAUUACCGACCAUUUCGAAUCCCAUCGUACCUUCUCCACUAUGCAAUCUGGUUUCCGAGCUGGUCAUGGGUGCACCUCAGCCACGUCCUAAACGAUAUAACCGCCAUCGAUAAAAGACACUACUGUGCAGCCGUCUUCAUUGACCUGGAGAAGUCUUUUCGACUCUGUCAAUCACCACAUUCUUAUCGGCAGACUCAACAGCCUUGGUUUCUCAAAUGACUGCCUCGCCUGGUUCACCAACUACUUCUCAGGUAGAGUUCAAUGUGUCAAAUCGGAGGGCCUGUUGUCCGGACCUCUGGCAGUCUAUAUGGGGGUGCCACAGGGUUAAAUUCUCGGGCAGACUCUUCUUUUGUAUAUAUAUCAAUGAUGUCGCUUUUGCUGCUGGUGAUUUUCUGAUCCACCUCUACGCAGACGACACUAUUCUGUAUACUUCUGGCCCUUCUUUGGACACUGUGUUAACAACCCUCCAGAUGAGCUUCAAUGCCAUACAACUCUCCUUCUGUGGCCUCCAACUGCUCUUAAAUGCGAGAAACUAAAUGCAUGCUCUUCAGCCGAUCGCUGCCCGCACCUGCCCGCCCGUCCAGCAUCACUACUCUGGACGGUUCUGACUUAGAAUAUGUGGACAACUACCUAGGUGUCUGGUUAGACUGUAAACUCUCCUUCCAGACUCACAUUAAGCAUCUCCAAUCCAAAAAUUAAAUCUAGAGUCAGCUUCCUAUUUCGCAACAAAGCAUCCUUCACUUAUGCUGCCAAACAUACCCUCGUAAAACUGACUAUCCUACCGAUCCCCGACUUCGGCAAUGUCAUUUACAAAAUAGCCUCCAACACUCUAGUCAGCAAAUUGGAUGUUGUCUAUCACAAUGCCAUCCAUUUUGUCACCAAAGCCCCAUAUACUACCCAACACUGUGACAUGUAUGCUCUCGUUGGCUGGCCCUCGCUUCAUAUUUGUCGCCAAACCCACUGGCUCCAGGUCAUCUAUAAGUCUUUGCUAGGUAAAGCAGCAGCACCCACCCUUAGCACACACUCCAGCAGGUAUAUUUCACUGGUCACCCCCAAAGCCAAUUCCUCCUUCGGCCGCCUUUCCUUCCAGUUCUCUGCUGCCAAUGACUGGAACGAACUGCAAAAAUCACUGAAGCUGGAGACUCCGAUCUCCUUCACUAGCUUUAAGCACCAGCUGUCAGAGCAGCUCACAGAUAACUGCACCUGUACAUAGCUCAUCUGUAAAUAGCUCAUGCAACUACCUCAUCCCCAUACUGUUAUUUUAUUUAUUUUGCUCCUUUGCACCCCAGUAUCUCUACUUGCAUACUCAUCUUCUGCACAUCUAUCACUCAUGUUUAAUUGCAAUAUUGUAAUUAUUUCGCCACUACGGCCUAUUUAUUGCCUUACCUCCGUUAUCCUACCUCAUUUGCACACAUUGUAUAUAAACUUUUUCUAUUGUA